AUGGCUGCAUCUGACCUUCCUGCUGGACAACGACCACCUCAACCUACAUCGACACUUGGAGAUUGCACCACCAAAAUGGCUUCCGCUCGAUUUGGAAGCUCGCUCAGGGUGCUGGCGCAACAGCAUGCCUCGACUGUCGGAACCAGCAGUGCGGCAUCCAGGAGCUUUGUAACUUCCGCCGUGGCAUCGGCCGCAGCCAAGAAGCCGGCACAGGUCAAGAAGAAGGCGGUGGUCAAGAAAAAGUCGACACACUCGGGGCCUCGCUCCACCAGCGGCCGUCGUAAGGGUGGUGCCGACUCGACGGCAGGCCUCACGAGAUCCUCGGAAUUCCACGUCGAGGCGCCGGACAUGUCGCAUCUGCCGCUUCUGCACGCCGAAGCGCUUACACCAGCCUCGGCCGGACAGACGUUCGCAUUCAGUGAGCAGACGCUGGCGGCUUUCAAGGCGUUCGGUCUGCCUCAGGAGCUCGAGAGGGAGCUUGCGACACAGCCCAAGCCACGCUCGCUCGUGCGACAGCAGACGCUCGAUGUGCUCGACAAGCUCGACGCGGCGUCCAAGGCCAACAAGGGCACGAGCAUCGUGCUCGACGGCAACCGGGGCUCGGGCAAGUCGAUGCUGCUUGCGCAGUCGAUCGCGUAUGCGCUCGAUGACGGCUGGGUUGUGGUGUCGGUGCCGCGCGCGAUCAACCUGAUCAACUCGUCCACGCUCUACACGUACAACGCGCAGCACAAGGCGUAUCUGCAGCCCGAGGCGACACAGCAGGUGCUCGAAGCGGUGCUCAAGGUGAACGGCGCAGCGCUCAAGCAGAUCAAGACGACGGACAGCGUCAGUGUAGACGGCAGCCAGAUCGAAGCGGGCACGGCGGUGGAGACUUUGGUCAAGCGAGGCAUCGAGACAUCGUCGGCGGCGGCAAAGCAGACGCUGCUCGAGGCGACGUUCAAGGCGUUAGCGAGCCAGAAGGAGCGUCCUGUGCUUGUGGCUGUCGACGAUGCGCAGGCGCUCUUCCGCACGUCGCUGUACAAGGAUCCGGACUUUGUGUCGCUCGAGUCGUAUGAGCUCGGCUUGCCACGUGCACUGCUUUCGCUCAUCACCUCUGAGGGAUCGGCGAUCGGACGUGGCGCGUUUGUAGCGGCUUUUUCCACCACACACACCGAAUCCCCCACCCCGCCCGAGCUGCAGAUCGCACUCGAGGAGAAGACGCAGGGCAAGGCGAACCUCAUGAGCCAGGCGAUCAACGCGUACACCAAGCUCAGCAAGCAGCACCUCGAGCAUGCCCGCCAGGCGCUCACCAAGGCCGAGUUGGUCGACACGUCCAAGCCGCUUACGCGUGAAGAGGCGGCCGCGAUCUUUGCGCAGCUGCGUGACGAGAGGAGGCACUGGAGCGCAGCCAACGACGAGCUCUUCCUCGCCAAGCUCGUCGAGACCAACGGCAAUGCGCGCCUCUUCAGCAAGAGCCUCGUUUCGACGCUGGUAUAG